ACAGGCUCUCUGCUUCGUCGAACGGUGAACGUGAAGCUACCAUAGUUACCUGUCAUUGUUUACAAUUUGAUCUGCAUAGGAUGAUGGUAGUGAUGUGAGCAAACACCGGUCAAAAAACACUUUGUUGGGAAAUUUUUGUUGCACUUUGUAAAAAGAUACAGAAAGCCUAUCUUGGAAUUUUUUCCGUGUAAUUUAGAGAAUUUUCUUUUGAAAAAGUUGUCUUUAAAUUGGCGCGGAUUUUAAAUGCGAAAUAUGAGCGAAAAAAGUGAUUGCGGAACUUCGGAUGUGAAUGCAAAUACAGAAAAUAAAUCUGGAUAUUAUUGGAAAAAAAUCCGAGGGACUGAUCCUCUGGCGGCGACAUGCAGAGGCAGAUUACAGAUUCAGAGAGCGAAGCUCAAUCAAGAAAUUAAUUAUCAAACGAUGAUGAGAAACGGAGCGGAGAAAUUAUACAAAGCAACAGUAAAUAAGAAAUUGAAAGAAACGAUAGCUUUGGAAUUGAGUUUUGUCAAUUCCAGUCUCCAACUUCUCAAAGAACAACUUGCUGAUCUUAACAGUUCAGUGAUGCUUUAUCAAAACAAUAGUUCCAUUCCAACUAUGCCAAUGGUACCCUUAGGUUUAAAAGAAACGAAAGAAAUUGAUUUCAAAGAGCCCUUCAAGGAUUUCAUCCUUGAACAUUACAGUGAAGAUGAUAGUAAAUUUGACAGCGCCAUUCAACAACUAAAUCAGAUAAGGCAGGCUGUCAGGACGCCUUCCAGAGAUGCAUCUGGAGUAAAAAUGUUAUUUCAAUACUACAAUCUCCUCUAUUUUAUCGAUAAAAGAUUUUUUGCAUCUCACAGAAACUUGGGACUUCAUUUUGAGUGGUUUGAUAGUUUAACUGGUUUACCAAGUAUGCAAAAGAGCAUCGCUUUUGAGAAAGCUAGCAUUUUAUUUAACAUCGCAGCGUUAUACACGCAAAUCGGUGCCAAACAGGAUCGAACAAAGAAUGAAGGCAUGGACGCUGCUGUUGAUAGUUUUUUGAGAGGAGCUGGAAUCUUCCACUUCUUGAAACAGAAUUUUAGCAAUCCACCCAGUACUGAUCUGUCUCCGGAAGUGUUAGAUAUGCUGACUCACCUCAUGCUUGCUCAAGCAAGAGAGUGUUUAUUUGAGAAACUUGUUUCGGACACUGAAAAACGUAAUUUUUCACAGUGCCUCGAUAUUGCUCAAGAAGCGGCUCAGGUUUCCGAAGUAUACAGACAGUUAUAUACUCUUCUAAGUUCUACUGCCAUUAAAGACUGUGUACCUAAUUCUUGGGGCGGCCUGAUGCAUGUGAAAACAGAACAUUAUUCCUCUCAAUCUCAUUAUUAUGUUGCCCUUGCUCUCAUUUCAUAUGGUGAGGAUUUCAAUACAAAUGCGCAAGAAAAGCUUGAACAUCUUCAUAUUGAAAUUAAAUCUAAUGAUCGUAAAGAUGCCAUACGUACUCCCCGUAAUGCCAAUGAAAGGCUUCGAUUAGGUCGUGCACAUUUACACCAUAGCAUUACAACGCACGAAGAAGCCCUGAGGACGUACAGAAUGUGCCGACAGCUGCAAUUAAUUGACAGUCUUUAUGAUCUUCUACAGAAAACUAACGAGAAAUCCCUCACACUUCUCUCAAAACUUAUUGACGAUGUUGACCAGUUCCAAGAUGUCUUUGAACCACCAGCAAUAAGAGCUUCGACAAAAUUCCAACUGAAGUUGACGGAUCCUGACUUUAAUCAACACAAAGCAGUCGACUUAUUUAAAGCACUGGGACCUUUAAAGUUUUUCUCUGCCAAGAGACAUUGGACUGCCGCACGAAUAGUGGAACUUAAAAAAUCAAGUGAUGAUUCAACAUUUGGGUUCAGUGUUAAGGAUAACUCACCAGUUGUUGUGACAAGAGUUGAAAUUGGUGGCAUUGCAGAGGGUUGUGGACUGAAGGAAGGAGAUUAUAUCACAGCAGUGAAUGAUGAGGACACGAAAUGGACGACGCAUGAAGAAAUGGCAGAAUUGAUAAGGAAUGCUGGCAACACCAUCACUCUCAAAGUUGUGACGCCCAUGAACUGGAAGUAUUUACACUCUAGGGGAGCAGCUGGAAUGUCUAUUUGCUCAAAAUCAACAUCAUCUAGUAGUUCUGGUUUCAGUUCUUCUUCAAGUCGCAAUCCUAGUCCAGUUGGAAGUGUGAAUGGUAGAGAUUGUGACAAAAGGGGUAGUUGGAACCCUUUUAGAAGAAGGAAUUCAAAAGAUCCUCUGGAAUCUAGCUACAUAACAAACAUAUUAUACAGAUAAUAUUAUCAUAAGUGAUCCUUUGUAAAUAUUUCUUCUGCGUAUGCCAUAAACUGAUUAUAAUAAGUCAUUUAUUGUUAUGUAUGUAUCUGGCGAUGCUAUAAUCUGUGUAAAAGGCACAGUUCGUGUAAGACUAUGUUCCCUUCAAUCAAGAAAACAGUCUGGAUUCUUGAAACUCAAAUGCAGAGUGUUCCUUAAAUAUCGCACUUAAUAUAUAUUUUUAGACUCCCUGUCGAAAAUGAAGUUAAGAAGUACAAGCAUUAAGGGUCACAAAACAAUAUUUAAAAGAACAAAAAUGUGGAAAGCGGGUAUAAAUUUUUUUUUUUGAUUGUGGGUUGAAAUUUGAAAGUGUUUCCAAUAAUCUCCUCUUAAACCAUCUCAGUUUCCUUGUGGAAUCAAACAUUAUUUUAACUCCGCUUUUCUCACUUGUGGUUUGACAAGUAUUAAUUGCGUUUUUGUGUUUCCUUUUGUUUAAAUAUUGAUUUGCGACCCCUAAUGUUAUACCCUAUAAUGCUAUACAAUGUAACUAGAAUUCUAAAAAUAUAUGUUAAGGGAAGUGAAUGCGAAACACUCUGUGCAUUUUAACGAUAUUAGUUUCUUUCAAACCAAGCAUUUUUUGUUUAAAAGAAAACCUAUAAAACUAAAUUGUUUUAAAAAAAUCGUCUCUGAAUUUACACAGACUAUGACGUAUAAGAUUUCAGUUGACGUAAAAUUUGAACUAAAUGAAAUUAUUGUAAUUAAAUGUAAAAACAUUGUUAAAAGUGCUGCUGGGCAGUUUUUUAUGUUAACUCUCUAAUGUUUUCUUUUGAAACUUCCAACACCUUUACGUUUGGGUAUUUUUCAGUUAUUUUAAGAUAAACUUUUUUCAUUGAGUUAUUGAUGCUUUGUAUUCUUAGCUAUGAAAGCAAUUGUAAGAAGAUUUUUUUUAUCAAUAAUGUUGUUCUCAAAACUCUUCUAAUUCAUAUCUUUUUUUGAAAACAAUUUUUUAAGUUAUAUUUAAUCAUUUUUUAGAUUAAAAAGUAUUUUAUUUGAAAUAAAAGACGUAUUUGUUGUACAAAUGAAAUGUACUAAAAUACCAGCAUGUAAUAACGUUUUAAGCGUGUUUUAUGUGUAUUAAAAUUCCUUCUUUUGACUUGAUUUAAGAUCAAAUCGACGAGAGGGACUUGUAUUUAGAUUUUAGAAGGCUGUCAAACUCUUCCAAGAAGAAGACUUAUAGAUUGUAACCUAUUACGAUCAGCCAAAUGAUUACAAUUAAAUAGUAGGAUAGUAAUUUAAUUUUUUUUAAAUUCUACAUUUAUUAACUGAAUUUGAAAAUUUUGUACAGAUAAUUAAGGAUUAAAUUGCAUGAAUUCUAACGUGUUUUUAAAUUAUUAUUUAUUAUCUUAAAGCACAAGAUUAAUAAACUAAAAUAUAAUCACUGUGAAUAAAUUAUCUAACUAUAGUUAAGUAAAAGUAUGCGAAAUUUUACAGCCUAUUCUUAAAAAUAUGUGUACCAUAGUAGUUCUAUUGAUUUAAAGGUUUGUUUCCUCGAUAUUUGAUAAUGUUUUAUUUCCUCUUUUGUUUAGUGAAGGACUGAAUGCAUGCGAAUGGAAUUUUAGAUAAAUGAAUAUUUUGAUUUGAAUUUUGUUACAAGUGAAAUCAACAUUUUGAUUAUUUUAAAUUCCUUUUUCGUUAUCCAAUUAAUUUUCAAUGUCUGCAUAUUUUUUGGUUUCUUCAUUAUGGUCCUUUUGGACUUAUCUAGUCGAUUUUGUUUUAUUAAUUUGUACAUAUUUGUGUAAAUAAAUUUUGUAAUUUUGA